AUGCCACGGACUUUUCCACACUGGAGUGGAGAAGGGGAUGAAGCAGAGAAGGGGUGUGAAGCAGAGAAGGGGUGUGAAGCAAAGAAGGGGUGUGAAUCAGAGAAGGGGGUGAAUCAGAGAAGCAGAGAAGGGGGUGAAGGAGACAAGGGAGCAGGAAGGAGAGGAGAGAAGAAGGGGGUGAAGCAGAGAGAAGGGGUGAAGCAGAGAGAAGGAGUAGAGAAGGGGUGUGAAGCAGAGAAGGGGUGUGAAGCAGAGAGGGGGUGUGAAGCAGAGAAGGGGUGUGAAGCAGAGAAGGGGUGUGAAGCAGAGAAGGGGUGUGAAGCAGAGAAGGGGUGUGAAGCAGAGAAGGGGUGUGAAGCAGAGAAGGGGUGUGAAGCAGAGAAGGGGUGUGAAGCAGAGAAGGGGUGUGAAGCAGAGAAGGGGUGUGAAGCAGAGAAGGGGUGUGAAGCAGAGAAGGGGUGUGAAGCAGAGAAGGGGUGUGAAGCAGAGAAGGGGUGUGAAGCAGAGAAGGGAAAAAGCAGGAAGGAGAGGAGAGAAGAAAGUGUGAAGCAGAGGGAAGGGAUUAUGCAGUGA